AUGUGGAUGGAAUCAGUGCAAGAAUAUACCAUGCUCAGAGGUGGCCAACCCUUGACUUGGCAGAGGAGUAUGAAAAAGAUGACGAAACGCUUGGGUGCUGUCGGUGCUACUCGCCUUCCAGAAUGGAUACCACGUGAUCCUCACUGUGCCUGGUUGGAUACACUACACGAUAUGGCUGCCAACCGAUGGCUUUCAAAUAAGUCAUGGUUGUACGGCAGUGAAGCGUCGGUGUUGAACACCGAUGUCAUGCUGUCAAUGAUGAUGACGAAGGUGACCAUGCAGGAGUUUCUGCUCCCAGGGUCCAUGAACAAAUCUGACGCAGACGUUCUGGUCCGUAAAAAUCACACACGCAAUUACCACACAUCGGUCGGUUUGACGGUCUAUCAUGGUAACAAGCCCUAA